AUGGGUGUAACAGAGGGAGAGGGGUUCCAAAUAGUCCACGACGAUGCGGAUAACCCGUUAUUCACAUAUGUCUACAGGCCGCAGACUCUAACCGAAGAAGAAGGGGAUUGGAGAGUCCCACGCAAACUCACGCGGCCGGGGUAUCUGGCCUAUCAUUUCUGCAUUGGGUGGGCACUCGCCCGGGUCAGUCUAUUUUGUCAUGCUCGGAUAAUCCAGCACACGGGAGCCAAGCCAUUCGUGUGCAAAGAAUGCCGUCGACCUUUCGCCCGCCAAGACGCUCUUGCGCGCCAUGAGAAAUUGCACGUUCGGGCUGCAGCCAACGCUAAGCUUCCUCAAGGGCAGCAUGUACACGAGAUCCCCCAACCAGCAUCUCUCGAGGCUCUCCCGCCAUGGGACACCACGAGAGACCCUGUAGAUACCGCAAUAACAGUGCCUGCACCAAGUCAGACAUGGGAUACUUCACAACCCGAGCAAAACCCUGGCUUGCAACAUGCAGCUUCCGAUCUUGAUUUUACGCUGAUAUGGCCCGAUUCGGAGAGCCUGUUCCAAAGUAUCAUGUCAUCAGAUACAACAGAUCAAUGGCAAAUGCCUUUGGGAGCACUACCCUUCCCACCUGUAGUCCAAGAUGUGAACUCAAUGAGCUUUGGGUCACCCAAUUCGUUCGACGAUCGUAGCUCUUCAAUAGGCACGAUCCCUUCGGGUGGUAGUCAUCAGGCUGUACGAGAUGUCACAGAAAUGGUGGCAAGCUCUUCCUCUAGUGUGACAGCGGCGAUCAAAGCAACGUCAAUCACAUCUGUGUUCCUGGAUGAAUGCCUGCACAUGUUCUUUGUGCGGUUCAUUCCAACAUUCCCCAUCUUACAUCGGGCUACGUUCGUUUUUCGAGAGUGCACUCAUCCACUUCUUCUAAAUGCUAUGGCUUUGGGAUCCCUGUACCUGGGUCCCAAAGAUUCCGUUGCAAAAAAUAGACUUAUUCGCACCACGAGUCAAGUCUUCCGUCCACUUGGAUUCUUUUGGGCCCGGCAUUGCGGAAUGUUAGAUAGCGAGCCUUUUUCCAUGGAGAGUUUGCCAUUCCCCAGCGCAUCAAUGGACGAGAAAGAGCGUCAAUGGCGAACAUGGGCUGCACGAGAGAUUCAACAGCGUGCACUGCUUGCCUAUCAUGUUCUUGACGGUCUCGUUGCACAGAUGUCUGGUGAUGGUACAUCGACCCGUCAUGUCGCUAAUCCCCUUGUUCUCCCUAGCAGUGAAGCUGCAUUUGAUGCUAGCAACGUGGAUGAAUGGCUAGCACAAAUGCGGUCUCAACGGCCCGAUCAGCCAUCUUUUCGGCUGGUCUUCCGCUCUCUUUUCCCUCCAGUUAGUAGCUUUCGACCUCUGGAUUAUCAGCUUUCUGCCUUCUCCCUUCGGGUCAUCCUUGAAGGCCUACAGUCUCUAGUGUCAGACUCGGACGAGAGUGACCUUGUUGCUGUGGGUGUUCCAGGGCGUUCAGAUGUGAGAAGAGCCCUGGCUCAAGUGCACGAGACAGUCUCCAUGAGCAUUCACCUUUCUGCCGAAGAACGACUCGAAGUCCUUCUCCGUUGGCAUACUAUAUGCCUCGAUACUAUGAUCAACUCGACCGUUCUGUGUAGGCAUGUCUGCUCCUGCUACGACAUUUCGCAACAUGUGUCUGGAGGCUCUCGAACGGUUAAGCCCGGGUUCGAUAUGACGAAGUGGGUCUGCACUCCUGAUGCACGUCGUGCUUUGCUGCAUGCUAUUGCUAUUCAGGAUAUCAUCGAACAACUUCCACGAGGCCGAGCUCAUGUAAUUCAUAUGCCAAGCUCCCUCUUCGCCGCAGUGACAAUCUAUGUCGUGUUCUCGCUCGCGGGAGUUGCAACAAUCCACCUUCCACGGACCAUUGCUUGGCAGGACGCACUUCUUUCACACUCCGAUUUGAACUUGGGAUGUGACAAUAGUCGGGCAUCUACUGGCUCCGAAACAAGGCGGUUUGUUGAAGAAGGACAAACAAAUUCGCCACCUGGACUAGGAGCUGUGAGGAACUUGCUUUAUGAGAUGAAUUCAAUGCAGAAGCUGUUCCGCUGUCUCAUAUCUCAGUGGGGCAUUGCUCACGAUAUGGAAGAGAUUGUUAACCAGUGGAUUACCUUGUGUCAUUAG